AUGGCUGCAAAAAGAGUCUCGGACAACGGUCCGAAAGAUGCCUCCAACUUACCACCACGAUCUCUAAGGAAGCGGAGGGAUAAAGGAGAAGAUAACUCUCCUAGCAAAAGACCCAAGACGAGUCCCCCCGCUCCAGCCCGAACAGUGCGAUCCCGGGCGAAGCAGAGGCAAGAAGAAGAAGAAGACGCAAAUUGUUCUCCUAGCAAACGGCCCAACAAGAGUUCCCCCAUCCCAUCCCAGCCAUUACGAACCCAGACGAAGCGGGGGCAAGAAGGAGGAGACGCAGACAGCUAUCCUAGCAAGAAAUCCAAGACGAGUUCCCCAGCUUCGUCCCAAACAUCGCAAUCCCUGGAGGAGCGGAGACAAGAAGAAGAAGAACAAGAACAAGAAGAAGAAGCCGACAGCUCUCCUAGCAAACGGCCCGGUACAACUCCUCCCAAUCCAUCCCAACCCCUACAAUUAGAGGAGGAGCGGAGGGAGGAAGGGGAAGACAAUGCAGACAGCUCUCCUGGCGAACGACCCAAGACGAGUUCUCCCGUUCCAGCCCGGCCGUCAGGAUCCCAGAGGAAGCGGGGACAAGAAGGAAAAGGUGCAGAGAAUACUCCUAACAAACGACCCAAGACGGGGACCUUCCAGCCCCUCUCAAUAUACACAGAAUUUAUACAGGAUAGAGACCAGAUUCUGCAUGCGAUCAUGUACGACUUAUAUGAUGUCAACAAAAUAUACAACGACCGUCAAAAAAACAAGGUGGCAAGGUUGGACUACGAAGCGCGGUGUAUCUACGCAUCACGGGCCUUAGAGAAGGCCAUUACUUGCAGAUCAUGGUCAUGGGAUGAGGCCAAUAUGGAUUGCGAGGAGCGGGAAGCGAGCCGACUACGAUUCUUCGCUGAAAAAAUCGGCUGGCCCAUGCUUGCGAUAUGUGUGCAAGCGGAAGCCUUUCGAAGGCUUUGUCAAGAAGAAAGCACACCAAUGUGGCACUCUGUAUGGAGAAGACUGCAAGGGUACGUGUAUAAUAUCUGGAUUCAGGCUCACUCGCGCGGUUUUGAGUGGCGCAGUUUGUUGGAGCCAUACGCGGGGGUUGAUGCUCCACGCGGGUUCAACCAGGCAUUGGCUCACAGAAGUGGAGUGGAUGGGCUCAGAUAUACGCAUCCUCACGAGAUUGUCGUAGAUGAAGGGGUCAAAACAGUUCGCCCACCGAUAUUCCAAGGUCGUUUACAGAAACAUGUUGAAUUUAGCACCUUUGACCCCAAGGAUUGGGAAACGGCGACGGAUCCAGAGCAUCGAGGCCUGAAAAAGGAUCCGACGCUGCGAAAGGACCUUAACCAUGGCCUUUGCGAUCUUUGCGCCGCAGGGAAAAUUUGCGAAUGUCAAAUUAAGAAGGCGCCCUUUGAGUUCGUGCAGCUGGUGCAAACCGCUAUGGGCGUCGGGGUACGUGCUCUUGCGCAAUUUGAGAAAGGAGAUAUCCUGGCCGAAUUUGUUGGCCCACUCCAUCCACCUUGCUAUAUAGGUGACCCUGUUUAUGCGCUUACAAUGCAGGGCAAAGUCAGAGUAAAUGAGGAGAUUGCUCUGAUUUGCCCGAUGCAAUUUGGGAACUUCACUCGGUUUAUUAACCACUCGUGCAGGGCUAAUACAACUUUUGAGCGCCGGACAAUUGGGGACCGGGCAAUGAUGACCGUUGAGGCCUUGCGGGAUAUCCAACCUUUCGAGGAACUCACAGUCAACUAUGGCCGGGCUUAUUGGAAAGGGCGGACUUGUGAGUGUGGAGAGGAAGGGUGUUACACUAAGCAAGAGGAGAGGAAAAAACAGCAACGAGCACGAGAAAUGGAAAGGCGAAAGCAAAGGGACAUGCAUAUCGAAGCAUCCAAGAAUGUUGCAACGGAAGAGAAUGGAGAUACAGAAGAAUAUUCAGAUGAGGAAGAAGAAGAAGAGACAGAUGAAGAAACAGAUGAAGAAACAGAUGAAGAAACAGAUGAAGAAACAGAUGAAGAAGAAACAGAUGAAGAAGAAACAGAUGAAGAAGAAGAGGUCGGAGAAGGGCCACCGAAGAAGAAAACCGAAGAAGAGAAGGCACCAUCAAAGAAGGGAUCAAAAGAAGGAUCAUCUCUAGAAGCAGCAGAAGGGCCAUCAAAGGGAAAGCCCAAAGGAAAGAAAGCAUUAGCAAAAGACGGGCCAGGAAAAGAAAGGGCAGAGGAAGAGAGAGCAGCACGAGUGAAGAAGUAG